AUGGUACGAUCAAACCAAUAUGUGGCUUCAAUUCUUAUCAAUUUUCUGUUCAACCGACAGAUAGCUGUGAAAAUAACGAAACAAGGUGAGCCUCUUCAUUUCAAUAUUAAUAUCUGGCAAAUACAAUCAGAUGCUGAUAGUUCAUUUGGACUUUGCACGGGUACAACAUGUGAUUCAGAUCUCGAUAGAAUUCUUCUAAUAAAUCAAGAACUAUCUACGUAUACUGAUGAUAUUAUUGCACUCACUUGCGUUAUUUACAUUGGCAAUUAUCUCAAUAGUACGGGACGUGAACCAUGGGAACGAUCACUACAUUACAAUAAAACUAUUGAAAAUGUGCAAAAAGCGUGUAUAUCCGAUAUACGACAAGAAAAUUCACUUCAUGUAGCAGCUGGAAGUCUUGAAGUGCUGUUUGUUGAAGAUCAAGUGAAUUCUAAAAGUAUCACAACAAUAGCUGAUAUUCAAACUAAUUUUCAAUCAAAUUUAGAAGAGAAACUUCUAAAGUUAGCAGAGAUAAUAGAUCAAUCACGAAUUGAAGUAGAUGAUAUUAUUGCUAAUAUGACAGCAACAACAACAACAACAUUUAUUACAACGACUCCACCUACAAUCAUCACGACCAAAAUUACAAGUUUACCUACAUUUGAAUCAACAACGACGCUAACAACAAAUAAUUAUACAAGCGUACAGACAUCGACACCAACAACAACAUCAUCAUCAUCCUCAGCUGAUUAUACAACGAAAAAAACACACGACAAUACGUUGGGUAUCAUCAUCGGUUGUGUGGUAGGAGGUGUUGCUCUUCUUGCUGCAUUGGUUCUGGGUUUAUAUUGUUACAUUAAAAAGUCUAAAGCCAAGCAGAGACGAACAAUAGGAGAUUCUCCCAAUUCGUUUCCCAUGUCCAAGGCAGAAAAACUUUAA